GGAUGGCAGACGAAAAUACCUCUCCAUUGAAGACUACUAUUUAUUAUGUCUGCACUGUAAAGUGCAUGAGUCGGUCAGCUCAUCAACGCCAACAGCAAAAGCUGCAAAUGCAGCAGCAGCAACUGUUGGCGCAACAGAUGGCUGACAAUGAGGCAGCCGCUGCUGCAGCCGAGAUGUUUGAUUUGUUUUGUUUGGCCACCACAAUGCGUCAAAUACUCGGCUUACAUCGUCAAAUGUGUGAUGUUGUUGGCUUACGACCCGCCCCGCUAAAUGAAUUCUAUCCGAAGCUUAAAACCAAAGUUCGUUCCUGGAAGGCCCAGGCUCUGUGGAAGAAAUUCGAUGCCAGAGCUGCUCAUCGAGCAUAUGCCAAAGGUACGGCCUGCACCGGUGCCAGAGUACUAGUAAUUGGUGCCGGUCCAUGUGGUUUACGCACAGCCAUCGAAGCUCAAUUGCUGGGCGCCAAAGUGGUGGUGGUUGAGAAGAGAGAUCGUAUUUCCCGCAACAACGUAUUGCAUUUGUGGCCUUUUGUCAUUACGGAUCUGCGCAAUUUGGGCGCAAAGAAAUUCUAUGGAAAAUUUUGUGCUGGCUCCAUAGAUCAUAUAUCUAUUAGGCAGUUGCAGUGUAUUUUACUUAAAGUAGCUUUACUCUUGGGUGUUGAAAUUCACGAGGGUGUCUCGUUCGAACGCACAAUAGAACCAAGUGGUGAUGGUUGUGGCUGGCGGGCAUCGGUUACACCGGCCGAUCAUGCAGUAUCGCAUUAUGAAUUUGAUGUCCUAAUUGGGGCAGAUGGUAAACGUAACACAUUGGAGGCUUUUAAGCGCAAAGAAUUCCGAGGAAAGCUGGCCAUAGCGAUUACGGCAAAUUUCAUAAAUAAAAAAACCGAAGCAGAAGCUAAAGCGGAGGAGAUUAGCGGUGUGGCGUUUAUAUUCAAUCAGUCGUUCUUUAAGGAGUUGUACCAUACGACUGGUAUAGAUUUGGAAAAUAUCGUUUACUAUAAGGACGAAACACAUUACUUUGUAAUGACUGCCAAAAAGCAUAGUCUUAUUGAUAAAGGUGUUAUUUUACAAGACUUUACUGAUCCUGCUGAACUAUUGGCUCCUGUUAAUGUAAAUACUGAGAAACUUUUAGACUAUGCUCGCGAAGCUGCUGAAUUUUCUACCAAAUAUCAAAUGCCAAAUUUAGAAUUUGCUGUCAAUCAUUAUGGCAAACCCGAUGUGGCGAUGUUUGAUUUCACCUCCAUGUUUGCCGCUGAAUCCUCGUGUCGCGUCAUAGUUCGCAAAGGCUUUCGUCUCAUGCAAUGUCUGGUGGGUGAUAGUUUACUUGAGCCCUUUUGGCCAACGGGCUCUGGUUGUGCUCGUGGUUUCCUAUCCAGUAUGGAUGCUGCAUAUGCCAUAAAACUAUGGUCAAAUUCUGGCAAUAGUACUUUGGGUGUUGUGGCCCAACGUGAAAGUAUUUAUAGACUUUUGGGUCAAACCACGCCGGAAAACUUGCAGCGUGAUAUUGGUAGUUAUACUGUAGAUCCUGCCACACGAUAUCCCAACUUGAAUCGUACAUCGGUAAAUGUUUGGCAGGUUAAACAUUUAAUCGAUACAGAUGAUAGUGGGGUUUUGGAACAAACGUUUAUGGAUACUAAUGCAUUACAAGCUACUCAGGUCGAUACUCCUGUGCGCAGGAAACGCCGUAGUGGAGAUACUAUGCCUUUAAGUACUGUAUUAUUAAGAUGGAUCUGUGCCCAAUUACAUGCUUAUGAAUUUACCAAGGAGCUUAAAGAGGCUUCGGAUGUUUUUACCAAUGGCAAAGUUUUAUGUGCUUUAAUAAACCGUUAUCGUCCGGAUCUAGUCGAUUUUAAUACAGUCAAAGAUUUAAGCCCCUUGGAACAAAAUGAUCUCGCUUUUAAAAUAUUAGACAAAGAAUUGCAUAUACCACGCAUAAUGAGUGGCAAAGAUUCGUUAAAAUUAAGCAAUGUAGAAUCAAAAGUUUGGCUUAAUUACUUAGAACAAAUCUGUGAAGUAUUUCGCGGCGAAAUACCCCAUGUUAAACAUGCCAAAAUUGAUUUAUCCGAUCUGCGUGAAAAAUACAAAAUCAAUAAUACUCAUGCCCAGCCGGACUUUUCGAAACUGUUACAACUCUCCACCAAACAAAAAGCCAAAUCACCCAUACAAGAUCUGGUGGAUGUUCCUCAAGUGGUGCAAAGACGCUCCGUAUUGGAUGAGGAGAAAUUAAAACGCCAACGUCGUUACGAACAACAGUUUGUUGGUAAUGCCACGGGUGCAGGCAAUGCAGCACAAACUGAUACUCCUCGUCGUGCCAAAAAACGCCGUAGUGCCGAUAAAGCUGCCAAUAUUGAGGAACGGCAAAAACGUUUGCAAGAAAUUGAACUAAAUCGAAAUGACCGUCAAAGCAAGCGGCGUCAGCAACGUUAUCAACAAACGCAAAACUUUUACAAGUCUCUACACAUGCUACAAGCCAAUACCUUUUUACGUGAAGCCGAUGAAAAUACUCCCUUCGAGGACUAUUCGAUAUUUUUGUAUCGCCAGCAGGCUCCCGAGUUCAACGAUCGUGUCAAAGAUUUGGAAAGAAAAUUACUGUAUCCCGAUCGUGAACGUACUGAUAUACCCUCAGCUCUGCCUCGCAAUGUAGACGAACAGUUUAGCGAUCGUAUCAAGUCUAUGGAACAGCGUAUUACAUCGCGUAAUGCUUUUGGCAAUGACAAGAAGCCUAAAGAUUUAAUGCGUGCCAUAGGAAAAAUCGACAGCAGUGAUUGGAAUGUGCGAGAAAUCGAAAAGAAAAUUGAACAGUCGAAGAAGACGGAAGUUCAUGGACCGAAAGGUCGCGAAAAGGUGCCAAAAUGGAGUAGAGAACAGUUUCAGGCGAGACAGAAUAAAAUGUCUAAACCCACCCGCCAGGAUUCAGCUGAAGAGAAAUUUAAAGAAAUCGAUCAGACACUUAAAAAUCUGGAUAAACAAUUGAAAGAGGGUAAUGUGUUGGAAGUGGGUAAAGUUGCUUCGAUAGCGGGGCAAUUUGUUAAACGUGACGAUACCUCGGAAGAAAAGAAUCCCCCUACUGUAGUACCAAAAUCAAGUACCAAAGUGGCUUUGGCCUUUAAGAAACAAGCUGCCUCGGAAAAAUGUCAUUUCUGCAAGCAGACAGUGUAUCUUAUGGAAAAAUUGCAAACAGAAAAUCUGGUUAUGCAUCGCGGUUGUCUUAAGUGUCAUCAUUGUCACACAAAUCUGCGAUUGGGAGCGUAUGCGUUCGAUCGUGAGGAUCCCAAUGGUCGAUUCUACUGCACUCAACAUUUUAGAUUACCAGCUAAAGCAAUACGGCCGGUGGUACGCAAACCAGGACAAAGGAAACCAACACAACAACAGCAAAAUGAGGCAGCUGUUAUUGCCGCUUCGGUGGCCAAGACACCAGUACCUUCGCAUCUGAACAGUGAAUCGGGUGAUGAACCUCGAACGCCCGAUAAACGUGGCCCCGUCGAUAAUGUAGCCAAAUUGGAUCUUUUGGAACGUGGCCAAACUCCAGAGCGUAUAGAAUUCGAAAAUACCGAUGCCAUGUCAGACGGCGAACCUUCUGAAGAACAUAUUAUAGAUGAACAUGAGUGGUCUGGUCGUAAUUUCUUACCAGAAUCCAAUAAUGAUUCAGAAUCGGAUCUUUCAAGUUCCGAUGAGUCGGAUUCCGAUUCAGAUUCGGAUAUGUUUGAAGAGGCCAAUGAUUCGCCGUUGGGUGCCCAAACUUUGCAACUGGCUAAUGAGUGGAUUGGCAAACAAAAUUAUUCAGAUAGUGAUGAUUCUGACGAUUUUUAUGAUUCCAGUGAGGGUAUGGCCGAUGAUGGCAAAGAUGACACGGAGGGUGAAGAAUUUGCCAAAGCUAGAGAAUUACGACGUGAAGAAGUUCGUUUACCACCCUUACCUCCCAAUUUACCCACAGAUACUGAAACAGAGGUCAUAUCAACUAGUGAAGUUCCAACUAUCAAUGACAAAGAUGUUAAUGAGAACAAAGUAAAAGAGGAGGUGGAGGUGCAGGUACCGCCUGUAAAAGAAAAUAAUAACAAUUUGGAAGUGGAUGUAAAUAAAGUGCGAAAAGAUUCAAUUUUGUCUAAUGCAUCUGAUCUUUCGUUCAAGUCUACUUCAUCGCUAAUAAACGGCAAUAGGAGUAUGUCGUCUGUAACUCCCACUAAAACAGAUAUUGAAAAAUUGGAACAAAAUUCUGAUCGCAAAUUUAGUGCUGACAUUGAUGCGAUUAGUGAAAAAUUGUACCGUUUAAAUAAUGUUGUUAAGAUGAAUAAGGAUAUAGAGACAAUUGCCAAAGAGAAUCUAAUACGUAGCGAUAUAUUAAAAAAGCUAACCAUGAAGGAGAAGUGGUUGGCCGACAAUAAAGUUGGAAAUAACAAUCCAGUUGUGGCCAAAUCGAAAUUUGAAGAAAAGGUUGAUAAUUUCUUAAAACCCUUAUCAAAAUUUAAAGAUGAUAUCUUUUCACCAAAAUCACAAUCAAAAGAUGAAAACAUUAACACAACCAGCAGCUCGGAUUCUUUAAAACCGAAAUCGAAAUUUAAUGAUAGUUUGACUCAACCAAUUAAAGCUGAUGAACAAAAGGCCACAACGACUGAGGCAGUCGCCACUAAAUCUAAAUUUAAAACAGAGGCUGAGAAGAAUGCUGCAAUUUUAGAUUUAUUAAAAGAUUUAAAAAACAAAGAAAAUCGCCCGCAACCAAAAACGGAAACAGCAACAAAUAGUUUAAAAAGUCCCAAAAUCAACGCCCAUACAGAAUCGACGGCAACACAGAAACCUACUACCAGUAGAUCCAAUAGUUUUAAGAGCCAAUCGGCUUCCUCUAGUCCUUUAGCUAAAGCAAAAAGUUCCAUUGAUGCGAAAAUUCCAAAAUCUGACAGUAAAAUGGAACUUGAAAAUAUUUUAAAUUUCGUUAAGAAAAUUGACCUCUCUAAAUCGGACGGAAAUGUUAAGGAUAAAAGCAAAGACAUGGGGCACAAGUUGUACAAAGUAGAAAAUAAAUUCUCGCCCAAACCUAAUAAGAAAAUGGUAGAUAAGUUAAAGGAAAUUGAAGCAAAAAGUUUUUCGGGUACUUUAGAUUCUAUAAAAUCCCAAAUGGAAACACCCACCAUUAGUGCGCAAGCAGUUCCCUCCAAUGUGGAUCUAUCGAAAUAUUUUCCAAACCAAAAACAAGAGAAAAACGCCUCAAAUGCGUUGAACAAAUCUCAGAAAACUCUUAAUGAGGUAGAUCUAACCAAAUACUUUCCCAGUAGUCCGGUACCUCAAAGAAGGUCGUCUGUAGUCACGGUGGCUGAUAAAUUGAAAAAGUCCCAGACCGAAAAAUCGUUGGACAUUAGGGCUGGGAGCCCUUCGUCAGGUGCAAAAUCACCUACACAAAAAGCAGCUCCCAAACGUCAAGCCUCUUUGGGAUCAGCAAACUAUAGCCUGAAAGAUAAUCAAUUGGAUGGUGCUAUAGAUAUUGUAAAAAAGAAGCCAGCUGCCAAGGUGGUUACCACAACUGCUGUAGCCAACACCGGCAAAAAGGGCAAUAUAAAGAUUAUACGAAAAAUUGUUCCAAAAGGAACAAAGGCCAAGAAAAAAGCAUUAUUGUCCAAAGACGAUGAUGAUCGUAUUCUAGAUGAAAUUUUAGAAAGUGGCAGCGAGGCUCAACGAUCUCCCAGCUUGGAAUAUCAGCAAUUAUUUCAAGAGGAAAAGUCGCCUAGUGAAGAUAUUUCAGAUAAAAUAGAGCGUAUCUUAGAGGAAACGGGCAUAGAUCUUGGCUUACCAAAGAAAACCACACCCAGUGCAAAUGAUAAACGAAAAAAAUUGCUUAAAGCCAAAUCACUUGGUGAAGGUGAAAUGCUACGCAGAAGUAGUAUGAUUGUCGACAGCAAUAAAGAUUUGACAGAAACAACAAGAGAAGAUGGCGAUCGUCCUAGUGGUGUACAAAACAUACUUAAACGUUUUGAAUCAUUGAGUUCUGUGUCGUCAUCUGAUCAUGUCUUCAAACUAAGACGUAUGGAAUCGACAACAAGUAAUUUAAAUAAAUCCAAAGAGUCCAUAGUAUCGCGAGAAUCUGACAACCUAAGUGACUUGGAGAAGACGAUGGAGUAUUUAAAAACAGAAUGGCGCAGUGAGGCCUCAAAUUUUCUGCAAAAGAAAAGAAACGAUUUCCAUAACAAAAAGCUUACAAAGGAAAUUGAAGAGGAACCUGCCGAAAAACGUCUUUACAAUGAAUUGCCUGUCCAAUACAAGGAAUCGAAAUUUGCGAAAUUUUUCGGUCUUAAACAAAAAAGUCCCGAGAGACGGAAAUCACCAAUUAAAAAGAAAAAAUCACCAGAAAAGAAAAAAUCACCCGAGAAAAAACCACAAAGCUCAAAUGUAAAUAUAAACAAGCAAGUUAUCUAUACUUCAUUGGAAGAAUUGGCUUUGAUAAGUGUUAGUAAGCAAUCAAAUACUCCAACUUCAUCCAAAGUAACUUCUAAGAAAGAAGAUACUAAACCUAAAGAUCAAGAUAACGUUCAAGUCAUUAAUAUUCAAGAAAAUGUGCCAAAGGAAGAGGUUUUGGAAAAACAAGCUACACAUAGCAGCAACACCAACGAAGACACGUCCGUUAACUCGCGUCCUUUGGUAGAAGAUAUAAAGAAUUUGCCAAAGACUGGUUGUGACAAAUCACUAAGUAGUUCUCGUCGAGGUUCACAGACUAGUCUACAGUCUCGCAGAUUAUCUAAUGCCUCGCUUACCGAAAAAUUAGAACUUGCCGCUGCAGAUUUGGAAAAACAUGUCACUGUCGAUGAUUUAAAUACGGAUAUAAAUUUAAGCAAACCAAUUUUAAGUGCAGAUAGUUAUGAUACAGAUUCCCUGUGCACAUCCAUAAGUAAAAGUCCUAGUGUUGCUCCAGUUACCGUCCAAAUGAGAGGCUCUUCAGAGGAUGAAAGCAUAGAGAAAUUAUUUAGCCAAUUUUCCGAUGAAAUGCUAGUGGACGUAGAAUUUGAUUCGAAUGAUGAACUAGUGGCCAUAACACCCAGAUCCCCGAUUAUCAAAGAUGAUCAUUCAGAUCAGGAUAUCUUAGACAGAGUAGAGUCUUUGGAAAGAGAUGCAAUUAAAGACUCGUCUUUAGAGAAUGAUGUUAAAUCCAUUGUUACUAAAAUACCCACGAAUACAUCUACGAAUGAAUUUAACUUUCCCACUAGACCACAACGCAGACAAAAAAGUCUUUCAUCGUCCAGUGAUUCGCCAACUCCUUUGGCUCCUCAGAGAAUCAAAAAGAAAUUGUCAAGAUUAUCACCCACUAAUAUGCCGCCAUCUAUACAAGAUUUUAUGUUGGCUGUUGCCAGAAACGAUUUGAAUAACGAUAUCAAGAAAGAUGAUUCUAAAAAUAAUACGAAACCAUUAAAGUUCCCCAGAAUUAUAGAUGAAGACGAUGUUUUAUUGGAUGAAUCUCAAACUCCUUACAAAUAUUUUAUACAAGAUCAACCAGCAACAUCUAAACGCAUCGCAGAACAUUCGGAAAAUUCCAAACAACCUUUGGUUAUUGUGACCAAAUCAUUGGACGAUGGCUUUCAAAAUAUUAAUAAAUUACCCGAAAAUGUAACAGAAUUUACCAAAGUUCUAAGACCUAUUUCACAAAGCAAGGAAUCAUUGCUGGAUGAUGAUGUAGAUAAUAGUUCUGGUAACAUCAUUAAACCCGAGGAACCACAUCAAACUGAAAAUUCUAUAGAGUCUCGUUCUGCUAACGCCCCCAAUCUUAAGGAAGCAAAAUUGAGUGUAGAAGAUAAUUUGGAACCUAAGCCCAAUUUGAGGGAGCCUUCCGUGGAAUGGAACAUGGAAAUGAUGCCUAAUAGCCCUAUGCCGCCAAGACGUAAAGCACCCACUAGUACUAAAUCCAAUUUAUCUAAACCAGGAUCGAUAGAUAGUUUAAACAAAUUAAAGAAAAUGGAAUCUAGUGCGAUUUCUGAAUUAACUAAAGCUCCCAAAGAACCAAAAUCUGAAGAAAUAACAAGUAAACUGGAAGGCACAAGUUUGCAAAGUGAAACAGAACAACAAAAUGUUUCGAAGAACUUAAUUAAAAAUAAAGAAAUACCAUCGCCUAAGAAUGCAGAAUGUGUAUCUCUUAGCUCCCUAAAUGAUAAUGAACAGUUUGUUAAUCUGAGAGAAAAAUCUCCCACAAGUUCUAUUAAGCAGCUUAAUAACAUUGAUGCUAACACUGAGGCUUCUCAAAAACGUUUGAUAGAGGAAUUUGAAUUAGAACGUAGGCAUGCUUUAAUCCAGCGUGAUAAGGAAUACCAAGUUAUGGAUAAGCCAGAACUUAAGCAAUCAUCUUCCGUAGAUAGUUCCAAAGGUAGUUCGAAAAAAUCUACACCUCUUGUAACACCCUGCAAACAAAGUCCACGGGAUUCGCGACGUAGUUCAAUACAAAGUUCUACAACUAAUAGAGGUGGAACACCACCCAUGAUGAAACCGCUAGAAAUACCCGGAUCACCAACUUCACAAACAUCUCGUCGUAGUUCAUUUGCAUUUAUAGAAUUGUUAGAUAAUAAACCUGUAAUAGCCCCAAUGCCAAAGAAAUUAGACUUGCCAAAAAUAGAAGAUGUUCCCGAAAAGCCGGACAAUCUUAAUCAACCCAUAGCCGAUGAUGUUAAGAAGAGACCUUGGCCUAAGUUGCAGGAGGAGGAAGAUGAAGAUGAAACUUCCAAAGAAGAAAGUGAGGGCUCAAAAAAGUUUGCCCCAGAAACAGUGGAAUAUGCUAAUAUUCCAGCACAUUCCGGGCGAAACCGCGAUUGGCCCGAUGGUAAGACAGUGUUUAGCAAAAAAGAUAACAAGUUACCGCGUUACAAGCCACGUUCAGAGACACCCGAAACAAAUCGCAGUUCUUUUGAUGGUGUGUCAUUAGAAAAAGAAAAUCCCUCAUCCAAAUCAAUAACUGACUUACGAAAACUACAGUCACCAUAUAAUUCCAACUAUUCCUUGGCUACAAACGGCCAAACCGCUGUAUCUUAUUCCAGCAAUGAUAGCAGCGAAGCCGUUAAUCGAAAUAACAAAUCCAUCGAUCAUUUGCAUUCAACACCCCAGAGACCCUCACGUCAUCACAAGACUAGUGCAACAAUCGGAGAUGAUGCCAGCACUCAAAUGUUGUUGGAACGCAGCAAGCGGUUGCACAACCGCAAACGAGAUUUUGUUAAUGAGCGUGUUGUUGAACGCAAUCCCUACAUGAAGGAGGUCAUUAAUGAGGAACGGCGUAAUUCAGGUCAUCUUAAAAAUGAUUCAGAUAAUGAUGAUAUAACAACAUAUCGCCCUCGACAUUAUACCACCAGUUCCGCAAACACCACCAGAUUCCCUUCAUCUCGUGCCUUGGGUAGAACAAACGCUUCUACAUAUAACUACGACUAUGUACCUUCGUAUGAUAGUUCCUCAUACAGCUCUAGGCGCUUGCCCACCGUAACUGCCUUGCCCUCAACUUACAACAACUUGUCGUCAUUAAGUAGCGGAAACAAUUAUCAUUAUAAACCUUAUACUUCAGCAACACUGGGACAUAGUGGAGGGCGUUCAUCUUACCUAUCCGAUUAUUCUAGGCGUUCCCCUUCCCAGCUAAGAGAUCGAGGUGAUCUUUCGAAAGACUCUUGCGUGCAAAGUGAAUCAGAGACCUCGUCACCUGAUGAAGUUGAACUUAAUUCGGCUACUGAAAUUUCAACAGACUCUGAAUUCGAUCAAGAUGAAAUGAUACGCGAAACACCAAAAAUCUUCAUUGAUGAUACCCAUUUAAGAAAACCAACCAAAGUUCAGAUUAAAUCAGCUGUUAUACCGCCAUCAAUGAGCCAAAAAUACAAUAAUGUCCCCAAUACCCAGCAAGCCAAAAGUAGUGGCACUUAUUUAAUUAAGUACCAAACUCAACCGCAGCAACCCGUAAUGCCACAAUUCAAACCACUAGUCCAAGUUGAUCCCUCUCUUUUGACCUCAAAUCGUACACCCCUACAAAAUCCGCGUCCUGGAGACUAUUUACUUAACAAAACGGCCAGUACCGAAGGCAUAGCGUCGAAAAAGAGUUUAGAGUUAAAAAAACGUUAUUUGCUUGGUGAGCAAGCUAAUGGUAAUAAGAUACAAAAGUCUGGUUCUACUUCCGUUUUGGAUUCCCGCAUACGUAGCUUCCAAUCAAAUAUUUCGGAAUGUCAAAAGCUCUUAAAUCCAAGCAACGAUAUAAGCCCUAGCAUGAAAACUUUCCUAGACCGCACUAAACUGGGGGAGAAGGCGGGAAAUGAAUUGAUGAGAUCUGCCACUAAUAAUAUUCUCAAUGAUCUUAAGGUGGAAAUAACAAUACAAAAAGCUUCAUCAACUGCGUCUACAGAUAACGAAAAGGAAAAUGUUUUUGUAAAUAGUAAAAAUGAACUUAAUAAAUGUUUGGAAUAUUCUGAGACCGUUAAUAACACCUUAUUGGAUUCUCUCAACCGGAAGUCGACCCCCACGACUCCAACAAAUAAUAAAAACAUCAUUGAGACAGUUGAUUUAGUUACACCAGAAAAAGAAUCGACAUUGGACACGUCGGACAGCAAUAAAGUUAUUGAUUUAACCGGUGAUUCGCCAGUAAAGAGCAAUAGAACUAUAGUUGAAGCAGCUGUCAAACCUGAUUUAUCUCUCGAUGUAAAACAAUGUAUACCCGAUAUUUUAGGUCACAUAGAGAAGAAGGAGGAGGGCAGCAAGUCAAAGGAAUGUACACCAACCCUGGAAAAGAAGCAAGAAGAGGAUGAGGUUAAUUUAAUUGAUAGCAAUAUGGAAAAAGUAGAUGUCCCAGAGAAAUUAGAAGCUAUCUAUGAUAAUGAGAUGGAAGAUGUACAAAUUGAAGUCCCCAAUAUAGCUUGGAAUACAAAAUCUGAUAAUCUUAGUUCGAGUAGUAAUUCUAGCUGUUCGUCGCAUUCUUCUAGUUUGGAGGACAUAGAACAUUACAUAUUGGAAUCAACAACUAGUCCCGAAACACACAAUAGCGGCGGUCUCAUGACAUCUUCAGGAGGGAAUCAUCAAGUGCCCAGACUGGAAAUACAUGAUACCUCCGGUACCCUAAUGCAAAUCGAUAGUUUAAUGAUUAUAGAUGGCAAAUAUAUAGGUGAUCCAGAAGAUUUAAAAUUUAUGGAGUUGCCCGAAGGCGUAAUAGUCCCCGAAGUGCCAGCAAUUAAGACGUCAGAGCUAGAAGAUGAACAUGAGGUGGAUGUGGAACCAGUCACAGCCACACCUGAACCCGCCGAAACAACCGUUAUCGAGGCGGAUAAGGUUUAUUUAGUUAAUGAAAUACAAGAAGACGCAUAUAUGGAUGAAGAAGAACCACCACCACUGCCGGAAAUUGGGCCACCACUGCCAGAAAAAGGACCACCUAAAAUAAAGCCUUCUAAUCUUAAGUUUGAUACUAAAAAUGAAAACAAAAUUGAGAGUCUGAAAAAUCUACCGCUAAUUGUGGAUGCCGCUUCAAAGGACUAUAAAAAGGCAGUUAAGCCCAUUACUUUAAAUCUUACAAGCGCACAAAAAACACCAGAUACUCCAACAACCCCCAAAGGUAAUUUCCUACAAACACCCACGUCUCCUUUAGUCGAUAUGGAUAAAACUCCAACUGGUGAGUUGAUCUCACGUGGUUCAGAUUCUGAAACUGAACCCACAGGUACUGCACAAAUUCUAACAGAGACUGAGUUAUCGGACUGGACAGCAGACGAUUGCAUUUCUGAGAAUUUCGUUGACAUGGAAUUUGUCCACCACUCUAAUAAAACAAACUUGAAAGGUGGCAAAAAAGAGAAGCAAAGCUACAGUGGCUACACAAGAGGUCUGCCAACAAGCAAUGAAGUGUUGCAGGAAGUAGCUAAAACCGCUCCAGUUGCUGAAUUUGAAGGUAUUCUUAAAUCCAUUGAUAUCGAUGAUAUUGAAUUUAUGGACACAGGAUCGGAUGGUUCGGGUACCGAGCCGCUAUCUGCAACCAAUACAGCUUUGUUACGUAACCGUGGCUACGUCGAAUUUGUGGACAACUCGCCAAAAUCAAACAAAACUACAGCACAAAGUGCAGUUUUUGGUGCCACAACAUCCUCUAAGGAAAGUUACAAACCCAUUCAGACUAAAAGAGACGAAAAACUGGGAAUUGACUACAUAGAACAGGGAGCUUACAUAAUGCAUGAUGACAUGAAUAAAACCCCAGUAAAUGAAGCCGCUAAAAAUAUUCCUUCCACUCUAAUGACACAAUCACUUACCGACUCAAGUACCAUCAAUGAUAUAGAGGAUGAGAGUACUUGUGCUUUAUCGUCACAAAUGCAGCUAACAUCAGUUGAUACCACCACAACAUCCAAACCAACACAACAAACAACUACUACGGAAGAAAGCGAAGCUUUGACUGUGGUCACUAGUCCGUUUGAUUCUUCGUCACCUCACACACCAAAUUCGAACAAUAUGAAAAAGGAAACCAACACAGUAAUCGCCCAUACCCAGGAAAAGGGUGAUAGUUCAACACCCAGUAGCUCGGACAGAGCACCUAAAACGUCACAAUCAACUUCUUGCACCAACUCAGCCACAUCCUCCAGUAAAAAUACACCUCCACGGCAAUUAUCUAAAGAUCCCCUAAUGACGUUGGGAGACAAUUCGUCAUUGCGUAAAUCAAACGAUGAGUUGUCAUACGAGGAAUAUGUACGAGCUCUGCAGCAGAAGAUUGUACAAAUAUCAACAACUGCCAGAGGUGAUUCAUUGGAGGCUCGCAAACAACGAAGGAAAAGCUCAAAAGGAGAGGCCCCCGUAGCCUUAACGAAUCCUAACCAAACUGUGAUAGAAACAACACCAACUACAACUACAACCACAUUAAAUACAACAACUAAUUUAAGAUUAGAUAAGGAUGACGAAACCAAAACGAAUCCAUCAUUAACCACUGCAUCACCAGCAAACGUCACUGAACUAACAAACGCAAACUCAAAUACAAAUACAACCGUGGCAGCAGUAUUACCCACACAAUUGAAUAAAGUACCUGAAAUUCCGACACUUUCUAGUAAGCUGGAGGAAAUCACCAAAGAACGCACCAAACAAAAGGAUCUUAUUCAUGACUUGGUCAUGGACAAAUUACAAUCGAAAAAACAGUUAAAUGCCGAAAAACGUUUGCACCGUAGUCGUCAGCGUACAAUGGUGACAAGUAGUGGCGGCGGCUGUGGUCUCGGCGGCGGUGGCUAUUCAUCUGGUUCUAGUCUAAGUCCUACACCUAAAUUGGCGGCAGCUAACUCUACCACUGACACGAAUUGCACAAAUCAGGCCCAUUAUCAUGUUUCGACGGCAGCUGCCGAAACAUCGUCAUCUUCUUCCAACCGAGCUCCGGCACCGCGUCCUCUUAAUAUAAAUUCAAGCUUUAAAGAGAACAACCCCUCUGUUCCAUAUGUAUCAGCUUACGGCAUGGAAGCUUUAUCACCCACUCGAGCAAAAGCCUAUAAACAACGUCCGUUUAGUGAACACUUGGAAAUAGAUUCUUUAAAAUCACUAGAACAACGUUAUAAAAUCAGUAAAACACCCUCAUUUUCCUAUGCAACAACUAGGCAGCAGCACCCGAUGGCGCAGCCCACAUCAUACUCUGAACUCUCUACACCAAUUCCACCGCUGCGACAAAAACGAAACGGCGAUAGUGUUGCAACAACACCAACAGAAACGAAAAAAGAUUCAAAUUUUUCGGUAUCUACAGAGAACCUAAGAAGCGAAGCUAGAGCUCGUGCUCGUUUGAAAUCCAAUUCCGAACUGGGACUUAGUCCCGAAGAGAAAAUGCAAUUAUUGCGCAAACGUUUACAAGUGGAACAGAGCAGCAAUGUUAGCACAGAUCCAGAGCCAGCAAAAGCAUUACAAUCUUCAUAUGAACGGCAAUUGAGCAACAGUACACGAGAAAAUAAAAUGAGCACCUCAAAAAGUGUCAACGAUCUGGCCUAUCUAACUCAAUCACAAAAACAAAAUAACACCACUGUUGGUAUCGCGAAUAACGCUUCGAAAACAUCUGACUUUACCUCAGAUCCAAAUCUAUUAAUUUCAUCCACACACUCAGCAGCAGCCGCUGCGGACAACAGUAAACAAUUGAAAACGAAAUCCGGUCGUAGGAUUAAAGAUCCUGAACGCCGCAAAUCAUUAAUACAAUCAUUAUCAAGUUUUUUCCACAAGGGUCAACAAAAUAAGGAGAAUAAGCAACAAAAAGAUGCCGCUGCUUCGACUAGUGAUGGCAACUCUGCACAGCCAGAGCGUCCAGGCACUGGUGGUGGCAGUAGCAGCACAUCGACAUCACAAACAGUUUCUUCAGGUAUUGAUGGUGUUCUAAGUCGUUUUCGUAUAUCACCCAAAACCAAAGAGAAAUCGAGGUCUUGCAUUGAACUCAGGAAUUUCAGUGUUGGUGAUAAGGAGGAUUAUUUAUUCAAUAUGGCCAAUUAUACUGGUGGCAGUCCAACAAGACGUUUGAGAACUUCAUCGGCUUCUAUGGCCAUGUCAUAUGAAUGUCAUAAUAAUCCUGAUUUUCCCAGCAGAACACAAUUAACGCAUACACCCUACAGUCAUUCACAAAUAAAUAAUUUGAGCAACAACAAUAACAGCAACAGUCGACAUCGUCAUUAUGAACAACACCAACAACAACAACAGCUGCAACACAAACACCAACAAUCAACAUCAGCACAUCACAAUCAAAACUUUUCACACACUCCUACCAAGAAAUCAUCAUCCUCAUCAGCCCUGGCGUUUUCAUCUUCUAGUCCCCAAUUGGGUGUGAAUAAAUCGCAAUCAAUGACAAAUACAAAUACCGCCGCAGCCGCCGCUUAUGACGAUCAGACACCGCCUCCCAUACCGCCUUUGCCACUGAAUUAUCAAAGAUCUGAUGACGAGAGUUACGCUACCGAGACUCGCGAUCAAAAGAAACAGCGUGCAAUAUCGAAGGCUGUUCGCCAAGCUGAACUUAAGCGAUUAAGAAUCGCUCAGGAAAUCCAGCGUGAACAAGAAGAAAUCGAAGUGCAAUUAAAAGAAUUGGAAACACGUGGGGUACUCAUUGAAAAGGCUUUACGUGGUGAAGAACAAAAUUAUGAUAAUCCGGAUACGACUACUAAUAUUGGCAGUAGUGAUGAGAAAUUAUUAAAAGAACUUUUGGAAAUAUGGCGUAAUAUAACACAACUUAAAAAACGCGAUGAAGAGCUUGGAAUACGUCAACAAGAAUUACAGUUAGAACAUCGACAUGCUCAGCUUAAAGAAGAACUCAAUUUGCGUUUGUCUUGCAACAAACUAGAUAAAAGUUCUGCAGAUGUGGCAGCCGAGGGUGCCAUUUUAAAUGAAAUGCUAGAAAUUGUAGCCAAACGUGCCGCUUUGCGACCAUCAGCAUCUAAUCACGACUUGGCUGGCACCUCCGACCUAUUAAAAGUUGGAGAUAAAACAGCUGCUUCAACUAGCAAAUUGCAAUUGAGUUCGACUCGUGGACAAUCAAAUGAUAAUGAUGAAUCAAAUAUUUGAAAUCGUAAUAUAUUUUGGAAAAUACUCGCCAUAGAAAUUUUCAUGGAAAUUUUUAAAUUAUUCAACUAAAUUCCAAACUAUUUACUAAAUAAUUAUAAAGCAAUGAUGGAAGAAGUUAAAUAUGGGCCAGACAAGCAAAAAGAAAAUAAAAACUUAAAAAGAAAAUCAUUAAAAUGAAAGCCUUCUUAAAAUGCCUCAUCGAAAUCAAUUAGUAAACUAACUUGAUACAAUUUUAAUAUACAUUAUUAUAGUAAUAAUAAUAAUCGAUUUUAAAAACAAUAUUAAUUUUUCAAGAAAUAAUUCAAAAAAUUAUAAAAUUAUUAUUAAAAAAACAAAAAGAUAAUAUUACUAUUAGCUUCUGACUCUCAAUUUCUCUCUAUUUAGAAAGCGUUAUGCCAAAUAUAAAAUGAAAACUUUUGGAUUUAUUCUUUAAAAACAAAAAACAAAAAAACAAAUAAAGUGAAAUAAUUUUAAUUUGAAAUCUUUAUAAUUUAGUUUUUCACAAAUUGUAUGUAUUAAUUAAUUGUACUGUUUAAAAAAACACCAUGUGUAUUUUGUACUUUUGCAUGACCAUUAUUCGUUCAUUAAGAUGAUAAUCACUGUUUUUCUUUCUCAACUUAAAUGUAAUUUUAAAUGCAAAUGAUUGUGCUAUUUUUUUAUUUUAUUUUAAUUUUUUUAUUAUUGUUUAAUCGAUGUCUGUGUAUGUUUUAUUUUGUAAUUAUAUAUUUUAUUUAUAUGUAUAUGUGUAUACAUUUACAUUUUAAGUGUUUUAAUUGAUUAAAUCUGUUUUAUGUACUAUUUUUUUAUCAAUGUUUUGUAUAAUGUUUGGUAUGUAAUUGCUGGGGUUCUAAUUGCAAUAAAAUACCUAAAAAUAUAAAGCCUGUCCCCACAUGUAUUACCUUCAAAAAAAAAACAAAACAUCUAAUUUAUUUAAAUGUAUCUGUAUAAAAUUGAAAACGAA